AUGCUUCCCAGUCCAGUGACUUCAACGCCAUUCUCGGUAAAGGAUAUUCUAAAGAUGGAGCAGCAACAUCACCCCCACCAAGGAUUCUUCUAUCCAGAUCAAGACGCACAGAUGUCUCUGCAGCGCAUGCACAGUGCACUUCGGAGCCUCGACUUACUUGACAGUCAGGAUAAAUCGUGCUUCUCGGGGGCAACACAGAUGAAAUGCACCCUGAGUUCGGAGGACAUUGACAUCCUGAGGGGCAGUUGUAGUUCAGCGGCUGAGGAGGAGACAAAUGGGGACCCAGGUAUGCUUCUUGACGAUUCGAUGGGUUGUGAUGGGAAAAAUGACAAUACCUAUUCAGGCAAGCCAAAGCAAAGAUUGCGCAGAAAACCACGCGUGCUAUUUUCCCAAACGCAGGUUUUUGAGCUGGAACGGCGCUUCAAACAGCAGAGGUACCUUUCUGCACCAGAGAGGGACCACCUCGCCAAUAUUCUAAAGCUGACUUCUACUCAAGUCAAAAUCUGGUUUCAAAACAGGAGGUACAAGUGCAAGCGGCAAAGACAAGACAAGUCUCUGGAAUUGGCUGGAUACCCGCCUCUACCACGAAGGGUGGCAGUGCCCGUGUUGGUUCGAGAUGGCAAACCGUGCAUGGGAGGACCUCAUUUAGCGCCAUACAACGUGACAAUUGGCUCUUACAACACCUUAUAUGGAUAUGGUAAUAACUCACAUGGUUGCAGUUAUCCGAGUAUGCCAUCCAUACCAAGUGCCACGCAAAUGUCCAACAACCAUAUAGUUGACAUGAACCUCAUGGAAAAUGUAGAGGGGCCAUUCCAACAAGGACACUUUCAGGCAACUUUACCGGGGAUAAGAGCGUGGUGA